ACCUUUUCGAUUUCGCUAAUUCGCCGGAGAUUUCGUAAAUCGGAGAAAGAUGGAGAUGCAGGAGGCUAAUCAAGGGUCGGAGGUUUCUCCGAACCAGACGAUCUACAUCAAUAACCUCAACGAAAAAGUGAAGCUCGAUGAGCUGAAGAAAUCCCUGAACGCCGUCUUCUCUCAGUUCGGAAAGAUACUGGAGGUGUUGGCGUUUAAGACAUUGAAGCACAAAGGGCAAGCUUGGGUUGUGUUCGAGAGCGCGGAAUCUGCUUCGACUGCUAUUGCGAAAAUGAAUGGAUUUCCCUUCUACGAUAAACCCAUGAGAAUACAAUUUGCGAAAACAAAAUCAGAUGUUGUUGCCAAGGCCGAUGGUACAUUUGUUCCUCGCGAGAAAAGAAAGAGACACGAGGAGAAAGGAGGCAAGAAAAAGAAAGAACAGCAUCAUGAUUCUACACAGAUGGGCAAUGCCAUGAACUCAGCAUAUCCAGGUGUCUAUGGAGCUGCACCUCCUCUUUCGCAAGUACCAUACCCUGGUGGUGUGAAACCCAUUCUUCCGGAGGCACCGGCACCGCCGAAUAACAUCCUCUUUGUCCAAAACCUUCCUCACGACACAACUCCAAUGACGGUUCAGAUGCUGUUCUACCAGUACCAAGGUUUCAAGGAGGUUAGGAUGGUUGAAGCCAAACCGGGUAUUGCCUUUGUGGAGUUUGCAGAUGAGAUGCAAUCAACGGUUGCAAUGCAGGGACUUCAAGGUUUCAAGAUUCUGCAGAAUCCAAUGCUCAUCACCUAUGCCAAGAAAUAGAAGACCGUUUGGUUUGAUCGGUCUUUGUAUCUCUCAAUGUCACUUCUUCCAUGGUUUAUUUUGCGCAAUUUUCUUCCUUCUCUUUUGUUGUAGAAUUUUCGUAGCUUGGAAAAUGUCUUCCGUCGAUUUCUUAUCCCAGGCAUCCUUAUAUUACUAAAGCACAAGUCACCUGGCCAAUUAAAUUCU